AGAUUAUUAGUGACGGUAUGCUUAUUUCAGACGUUUGAAUGUUUUAACAAUUUUUUUCAACUGCGUCAUUUUCACGUUCUGCUUGGUUGCUGUACGCAAAGCACGGUAGCUGCAACUUUUAUGGUUUUAACAAAUCACGCAAAAAGAGAAAAUAUUCAAAAUUUUGCAAGGUUUGUUUGUGGCAGAGAAAUUAACAAUUCGGCGGCUGAAUUUAUUUACCAAUCAGCGUGACAUUUUCACUGCGAUGUUAAAUAUGAGAGUAAUGUCCGAUUAUUUACUCAAGUUUUGAAGUAAAUAUUCUAGAACUUGAAGCUAAUCGAAUUAUAACUUAACGUCAUUUGAUCAUUUUCGAAUCAUCAAAAUUAUUACAAUUAACGAACGAGCUAAGUUAAUUUGAAGAAUAAAUAUAACCCUACUAUUGAGAGAAACGAAGACUCAUAGAAGAUUUAGAUCAUUUAGUUUUCCAAAAAAAUAGUUUCCGUUGUUGUCAGAUUGGCUCUGUCGUAAUAACAGCCAAAUUAGCGACAAUCUACCCCAAAAAUUUAUCUCGAAUAUUCGGUUUUUGAAUAUCAAUUACAACGUCUAAGUUUGUGCGGAAGAAACGAACGAGCUUUAUGCUCAAGCGAAUGGGAAGAAGAUACAUAUCAACCAUGCAUGCUCUUCGAAAAUGGGUGAAAAAACCCAAUAAAACAGACACAAGACUCCUAGCUCAGUUCUACUAUGCAGACGAGGAACUGAUUCGAGUCACACACGAGUUAGACAGCUUCGACGGCCGAAGCGAACCAGAGCGGUGCUCACAGCUAAUCGCCGACUUGAAAUUAGCCCAGGAAAAAGUGAUAGGACUUAUUGAAGAAAUCAAAAACGUAAUAGCCCCUGGUUGCGACGAUACUACUCGCGAGUUCCGAGUCAAGUUUCCAGACGACAUUUUACAAGAUAAUUUAGCCGGACAGCUCUGGUUCGGAGCUGAAUGUCUAUGUGCUGGCUCGACUAUAGUUAAUCGUGAACAAGAAAGUAUUCAGCUCAGACCCUUGGCCAAACAAGUAGUAAAAAGUUUGAGCAAACUUAGAACAGCGCUUCGUGAACAAGCGUUGAAAAAUCUGAAUGUCUAUCCCAGUUCGAUCAAAGACGCGAUGGUCAGUUUCGACGAGAUUUUUGCUCAGUUUGAGUUCGAAUACGUGAGUGUCUUAUCGCGAGUUAGAUCGGUGGAUGAUCACGACAAAAUGUUAGAAAUAUCGGUUCUCUUCUGUGAAACAGUCGAAAGAGCAAUUGAAAAACAUUUGCUGAAGUAUGAAAUGAUCGAGGAUUAUGAUCCCGAUUUGAUGAUUUCGAUUCCGCGUCUGGCCAUCAUAUGCGGAGUGCUGAUUUUUCCGGACGGGCCUCUGGACUUGACUAAGGGUCCAGAAGGUCUACCUCAGAUGUUCAAGCCUUUUUACAAACUACUUCGCAAAAUCAGAGAUCUUUUGUUCACACUUUCAGAAGAUGAGCUUUUUAUUCUCGAGAAAACUUUGUGCUCUGAGGAAAAUUUUGACGAAGUUGUUUUGGCGGCAGAAGAAGUUUUGAAGGGUUCAAAUUACGAGCGAAAAGACCAUUCAAAAAGUCGAGAGCGAGGUCGCAGUCGAAGAUUCGGAACAUUGUUACCUGAGCAUAUAUUCAUGCCUAAUAGCACCUACCAGGCGAAUCUAGCUUCAGUGGAGACGAAUAUUCGGGAUAUCCAGAAAAAGAUAUCAAAUGGAACCGAUUGCGGGAGCUCAGAAAAUGGCGAGAAUAGACGAGGUAGCGGCGUUAUUAAUGUUAAUAAUCAGAACUUGACCAUUAUAACUGAGGUAGAGGUUCAUAAUAACUCUUUUGGAGAUGAAAAUAACGAGUCGGGUUCACGUUCAGUUUCUCCUAGUGAUACACCUGCAGCUAUUUUGCAGACCUCUCAAUCAAAUAGUAGAAAUAGUACAGAUGUGAAACUCUCGGAGCACGGAGCUCCUGUUUCGCCGAAUGUCUCAAACAGUUCUUCAGAUACCAGUUCUCUGUCCCGGGUUCAAAACCCAGUGGGACGGGAUCCUGGACCACCCGACUACCCUCCCCCUCCCUACUCGAGCGCCGAAGAGGACGGAUACGAUUCAUCUAACGAGGGCGAUUCAAGUGCCUCGAAUACCGCAACCAGGAGAGACCAGACAUCCCCUUCUAGCGCUCGAGCAUCCGUGAAUCAACAAAUUAACUCGCAAUUAGAAAACGAAAUCACUGGGAUUAGAACCUCUGACAACUGGCCUGCAUCAUCGAGGAGUCGGGGCAGCACAAUCACAGCUCCAUCGAACCAAUUUGGAUCAGAUGUUGUUGUGAGGUCUGGAGUCAUUUCUUCGAGUUCAGAUGUGCAUGAUCAAUAUACAGAACCAUUAGACUCAAUUCCACAACCUAUCAGUCCGUUUAUUGAGUCGGUGGAAAAUCUGACCGCGUUCGACAACGCAGUGAUGCAAAGGUUGCUCAUGACCCCAGAACCCGAGAUUGCUCAAGUAGACUACCAGCCGGAACGAGGAGAAGAUUCCAGUAGGGGAGUCCGGAAACAGACCUCGACUACGAGUGGGAACCAAGACGAGAGCGGAUCUUCGACAUCUACUCUUUACAGAGAUUCCCUGUUCAAAGAUUCGAGUAGCGAAACCGAGUCUGAAGGUCUAAUCCCUCAGAAACUUCACCUUCUGAGGUCGAAGUUCAAAUGCACACGUGACCUAAUUCACACUUUGUUCGUCUGCAUUUCGGGUGUAGCUGACCAGUUGCAAAGUAACUACGCCAAUGAUUUAAGACAGACGCUGAAAAGUGUCUUUAUUUCCAUGUCUUCGAGUGGAGACAAGAGCGUAGAAGAGAUUCAGAAUGAUAUAACGAAAGGGUGGCUGACCAGCAAGCACUACAUUACACUGAAGCAACACGAGGAACCCCCGCCCUGGACCGAUGAUGCGGAGUGCACGUGUUGCUCGGGUUGCAGCACCUGUUUUAACUUCUUCAAAAGAAGACACCAUUGCAGGCUUUGUGGCAAAAUAUUCUGCUCCACCUGCGCGUCUAAUUUUGUGCCCCUGCCAAGGUAUGGACUAUUGUCGCCCGUGAGAGUGUGCACCGCCUGCAUUGAGACGGCAAUUGACAGACUAGUUUAGAGGAGACAUCCAAACUUUUUUGAACUUAAAACUUUCUUUGAAUGCCAUUUUCCCUUUUUGGCGUACUUAAUUUAACUGCUAGUAGUGUUACAGUGCUAUUUUUAUAAACCAGCUGAUGAAUAUAUACGAGCAACUCUGUAAAACAGCCGAAUAUGUUACGAUGUUUCGUUAUUUUUAUGCAAUAGUUAUGUAACAGUUAUGUUGUUACGUGAAAGUGUUUGGAAGUCAUUGGCGUAAUAUGUCCGGCUGUUUUAUAUACUGAGCCCACCUUUAUUUCGCUUUUGGAUCGGCUGGUUCUUGACCGCUAAAUGUUAGUUUUUAGGAACGUUCUAAAUUAAUAUGCCUUGAUUCUCAAAUGGAAGAAAACUAAGUUAACUAAUUAACAAAAAAUUCUUCUUUUUACUCCCAGUUAAAUGGCAUUUCUGUUCAUAUUUAAGUGGCGGUUAUCUAGUCAAUUUUUCAAGGUUUAUUACGAAAAUGAGUUGAAGUAAUUUCGAAAUUUAAGCUCAACAAAUCGAGGUAAUAAAGCUUGAUGUGUGAUGGCUAAUUUUGUUUGCUAUUUAAUCAACAAAAAUACUGUACAAUAUUGACAUUUUUUAUGGUGCUGCUUAGUAUAUUUAGUCUCUUCUAAUCUGCCUGUUUUCCUUUUGGGUCAGUUUUGGACGAGUUAAGUUUCUGAUAAAAUUGCUGGUAAUCAUGGCUGAUGGGUUAUAAUGGGUCAUAAUUCUGGCCAAAUGUUUCCAAAAGGUCCUUUUGGUACUGUUCAGCGACAUCCAUUUUAGGUUGACUAGCCCUAGAAUUUUUAAGAAGCCCUUGGCGCCAAUAUACACCAACUUUGAGGAGAGCAUUCCUCGAAAAACAAUUUUUUGAACAAAACCUUCUAAAGUCCCUGAUAACGUUAUUGUUGGCCUGUUUUUUUUUUAAAUUUCGACUGCGGCCUAAAAAUUAUUGGAAAAAUGGGGUUUGCUAUACAGGGUUUUCAUAGGGUUUUAAGAGAACUGAGAAAAACAAUUUGGUCGACCAGUCUGUAAAAAAAGUAAAAAAAAAAAAACAUUUUUCGGCAACUUUUUUUCGACAAGCAUGUUUUUUGACAAACAUAUUCAAACGUUCUUUGACAAAAAAAAUCCAGAGACCCUGCACCCCCCAGUUGAACGAAAAAGUAGAUCUCAACCGUUAAUCAGUACACAAAAAUUCAGAGCGUCCUUCAUUUAAUAAAGACUAAUCAGAAACCAUACUUUGCCUUGGCUAGGGUCAAAUUGCUUUGAAAAUAAACAAAAGUUUAACCUUCAGUACUUGGUCAAAGAGUUGUAUGAUAUUCAAAUCAGUUGGUUCAUGAUACUAAAAACAUAGUUAAAUCCAUUAGUUACUUACUUUUAAUAAUGCGAUUUAAAUUCUUGGAAUGAUUUAAUAAUCUUUCCUAAUCCAAUAGAAGAGAGAAGGCGUGUUGAGUAGGUUUAAUUGUAGGAUAAACUUCGUCAGAGAUUGAUUUUUGUGCAAAGUAAUUUCAAAGUUGACCCGAAGAUUCCUGACCUUGAAUGAACAAUUUGGUGGAGCAAAUUUCUUUACAUCAUCCGAUCGUGUUGUAGAAACUCUUGAAAAUGUUCUUGAUGUACAUAUAAUAGCAAGUAUGCCCUUCGAUGUCCCUUACCCCAACUCUAGAUUAAUUGAAGCAGAUUAGAUCCAAUUGGUUCAUAAUUCAAGUUUUUCUCUUU